GAGUAAGAUUUCAUAAUAUCCUUUCUAAAGCCAAACAAAUAAAGACGGCAUCGAAUGGCUGAUAUAAAAUAAUCACCCAAGAAAACAUUACUUCAGUCCGAUCAAAAGCGCUUUAUAUACGAUUACCAGAAUGGUUGCGUCAAACCAAGAGAAUUUUAACAAUGAAGAACUAGAUGACAUUCUGCGAAAACAUUUCACAAAUAAUUUUCGGUUCGGAUACGUAACAAUCGAUGGGACGACAAUGCCUAAACGGUUUGAAGAUUUGCACGAACAAAUCUUAAACUUCGAGGUAAACGAAGAUGACGUUUGGAUUUGCAGUUUUCCAAAGACGGGAACCACUUGGACACAAGAAAUGGUUUGGAUGAUAAUGCAUGAUCUGGAUUUCGAAGGCGGACAAGUAAACCUAGGGCAAAGAUCGCCAUUUCUUGAAGUAUCUGCAAUUUACGACUUCAGAAACCUUAUGAGGAACAACAAAGAUUUCGUACCCCCACCAUUUUUGCAAGAUUCGCUGAAAUUUGUGAAGGAGCAAGAAAACCCAGCGUGUAUCAAAACUCACUUGCCAUUCCACCUUUUACCUCUUGAUAUUCAAAGUGGUCGCAAAAAUCCCAAGAUAAUAUACGUUGCCAGAAAUCCAAAAGACACUUGCGUAUCUUAUUAUCAUCACUCGAGGGCUCUGGAGGGAUACACCGGGACCUUUGAUGACUUUGUACGAUUAUUCUUAGCGGGAAAACUGAAUUUUGCGCCCUACUGGGACCACGUUCUACGCUACUGGGAAAAAAGGGAACAGUCAAAUGUACUCUUCGUUAAAUACGAAGACAUGAAGCUUGAUCUACCAGGCGUCAUUAGGAAGGUCGCCUCAUUUUUGGGCAAAAAUUUGUCCGCUGAGCAAGUCGCCGCGUUAUCGAACCACUUAAGCUUCGAGAACAUGAAAAACAAUCCCGCAGUAAAUUACGAAAUGGUUACCGAGUUGAACAAAAAAUUCAACUUGACCAGGCACCACGGCGCUUUUAUGCGGUCUGGAACCAUCGGUGGUUAUAAGUCGCAAAUGACUCCAGAGAUUGUCGACAGAUUCGACAAAUGGACCGAAUUUCAUACGGGCAAUACUGAUUUCAGUUUUUAACAGCCGCGUUUGGUUGGUAUUCAAAAUUUAGAAGUUAAACUAAUCAUCGCACACCUAUCUAGUAACCUGCUUUACCCAAAUUCCAUAUUUUAAGCCACUGGAAAUCCAAAAAAACGCCUAUUCUGGACAGAUAUGCUGCCGCGGCUCUUGGGCUAGCUUGUGGAUAUCCAUUCAACUCUACAAGUGUCAGCUUUUAAAUGUCGUUUUGGAAUCCAAACGUAAAACAUUUGGAAAUCUGAAUGACUUUUGGAGUCCAAAUAUGGAUUACUUUUGGAACACAUAUACAAAUUUCAUUUGAAAUCGACGUAGGUUGUUUUAAGAAACAUUGAAUUAUUCAUGAAAGAAAUAUUCAAUAUUUGGUUGGGAUCAAAUAAUGCAUACUAAAUUUCGCUUUAGCUAGUAACGAUCCUUCUUUUACUGUGCAUGCAUGUUAAUUCUAGGCGGUAACGUCACAUGAUACCACAAAUAUUUACAAAUAAAAUAUAGAACGAUCGUUUCAAAUUAUAGUAACGGAUUAUGACUAUAUCGGUCUGACUUGAUUUUGCAAAUCUUGACUUAACUAAACAGUUUUGUUAAUUUUACAAAAAAAAUUUAAUUAUUUAUAAAUCUUCUGGAUUUCUCCUGCGUCGGUAAUUUAUAAAUCAAACUUGCUUAUAUUUCGUCAAUUAUCCUGUUGACUUCUUCGGAGCUUAACUAAAACUGUUUUCUGAAGAAACCAACAGGAUGAUUUGCCACACGUGGGCAAGUGUGAUUUAUAAACGAACGGAUACAGGAGGAAUCCAGGAGAUUUGUAAAUAGUGUCACAAUAUAGUCGUCAACUUGUAUUACAUAGUCCAAUCCAUAAUCCAUCUCGCCUAAAUUUUGUAUUAUUUUAUAUUAUAUCCGACAGGGAAUAUUUAAAGGAUAUCCAAAUCCGCUACGUACAAAAAUCAUGGUCCAUUGAACGUUCAGAGAGUUUCCUGGGCUGCUUAGAUAUAAUUUGUUGUUUGUUGCUUUUUACGGAUUUAUUCAAGUUUAAGUUGGUGACCGGUGCUUUUAUGUAUUUUCAAUUAAAUUUAUUUUGAUAACAAUGGGAUUUUAUUUACAACGCUCUUCACCCGAUUAACAGUACCAUCGUCACUGGGAAGACCUGAAAUCGUAGGUUACAGGUCUACUUUAAACUUAUACUGAUGAAAUAUUUCUUACGCAAUGGUAAUUAUAAGUAUACUUGGAGCACUAGCUUGAGAUCGUUUGUGUUUUGGUUAGUGCGAACACCGAAGUGGCUC